AUGGACACUUCUGCUUUCAGCCUCCCCACGCCAACAGUGUCAGAGGAGGGGAAUGCCUCUGAUAGCUGGGCAGGCUUCAUCAGCCCCAACAACUCCACGACCACCACCAGCCCUGGUGUGGUUGUCAGCGGUGUCCUCAUCCCUGUGGUUUACCUCAUCGUCUGUGUGGUGGGGCUAAUCGGAAAUUCUCUGGUCAUUUACGUGGUUUUGCGACACUCUGUGAGUGAAUCAGUGACCAAUGUCUACAUCUUGAACCUGGCCCUAGCUGAUGAACUCUUCAUGCUGGGUCUGCCAUUUCUGGCAGCACAAAAUGCCCUAUCCUACUGGCCAUUUGGGUCCUUCAUGUGCCGCUUAGUGAUGGCCGUGGAUGCCAUCAACCAGUUCACCAGCAUCUUCUGCCUGACAGUGAUGAGUGUUGAUCGCUACCUGGCUGUGGUCCAUCCUGGGAAGUCCUCCAAAUGGCGAACAGCACGAGUGGCCAAGGCUGUGAGUGCCACUGUGUGGAUGCUGUCGUCCAUAGUGGUGCUGCCCGUGGUGGUCUUCUCAGAUGUUCCUUUAGGUAUGAGCACAUGCCACAUCCAAUGGCCAGAACCUGCCUCAGUUUGGCGAGCUGGAUUCAUCAUUUACACUGCCACUUUGGGCUUCUUCGGGCCACUGCUGGUGAUUUGUCUCUGCUAUCUUCUCAUUGUUGUGAAGGUCCGUUCUUCCAGCAGAAGGGUGAGGGCUCUGUCCUCUAAACAUAAGCUUUCAGAGCGCAGGGUGACUCGCAUGGUGGUGACUGUUGUGGCUGUCUUUGUCCUCUGCUGGCUCCCCUUCUACGUCCUCAACAUAAUCAAUGUUGUUUGUCCACUGCCAGAGGAGCCGUCCCUCUUCGGUGUCUAUUUCCUUGUGGUGGUGCUGCCAUACGCCAAUAGCUGUGCCAACCCUAUCAUCUAUGGCUUCCUCUCCUAUCGCUUCAAGCAAGGCUUCCGAAGGGCCAUCUUCAGGCAGUCCCGCCGUGUCCAGAGCCAGGAAGUGCCAGAAUGUCCCCCAGAAAAGUCUGAUGAUGAAGGAGAAGAAAAGGAGAUCAGCAAGAUCACCCAGAAUGGCAAUGACAGACAGGAGCGCCCUCUAAGCAGCAGGGCAGGAGAAAGCAAUGGGCAAAAACCACUCCCUGAGGAGACUGUGGGCUGUGAGAAGAGCAGCAAGCUACAUGUCAGCUAUUUAUGA